UCUUUCCAAACCCGACUGUAUUCCCCAAGUGGGCCAGUUCAAUUAUUCCAGGUGUCAGUGUUGAGACAGAGUUCAUGAAGGAUCUCAGACUUAUGUCGUUUGAAAAGAGCAAAUCCCGCCCAGCUCAUUAUGAGUGAUGCAAAGCUCGGAGCCCUCAUCGAGAAGAAUUCACCAUACUGGCUCCAGAAUUACCAAAUCUGCAAAGCUCUCGUAGUACCUACGGACUCUCUUCGGCGAGGUCCGACAGUGGUGGCAGCUCCAGAAUUGGUGACGAGGAGGCCGCUAUUUGGAGAAGUACCCUGCACCACGACUCACCCAAAUCGCACAAAGAGGACUCCGAGCCAGAAACGUUAUUCCCAUUUAGCAAAUCAACUUUUUUAUCACCCAUUUCCCCCAUACGAUCAACGAUGCCUUCAACACGAGAAAUGGAAAAGUCUUCGUACACAUUCUUGUGUUCUCCGAAAGAGAUAGAAGAAUACGAUGUAGGAGAGAUUAAAGAAAUAGCGGAUUGCGAAAAUAAGUCCUACCCCCAGCAGGAGGAUCCUGCGGAGUACUGCCCUGGAGGGUAUAUGCCUAUAAGUUACAAAACAAUCCUAGGAGAUAAAUAUCACGUAGUACGAAAACUUGGGUAUGGCCAUUUCUCCACAGUGUGGCUAUGCGAGAAUAUAGUGAACAAAGAAUAUGUGGCUGUCAAGGUAUGCAAAUCAGCAACUGUAUUUACAGCAGUGGCACAGGAUGAAAUAAAAUUGCUACAAUGUACAAGGGAUAAGAAUCCUGAUCAUCCUGGUAGUAGAAAUAUUGUACAAAUGUUAGAUUUUUUCAACUGUCGUAGUAUAAACGGCAAUCAUACUGCCAUCGCCUUCGAAAUAAUGGGGCCAAGCCUAUUGCAUCUAAUUAUUCAGAGCGACUACCAAGGGAUUCACAUACCUGGUAUCAAAACUAUAGUCAAGCAGGUACUAGAAGGGCUUGUCUACCUUCACGACGAAUGUAACAUAAUCCAUACCGAUAUAAAGCCAGAAAAUAUUCUGAUCAAAGUUAAGGAUUCUUAUGUUAAGAAAAUGGUUAGCACUACAAAGAAAUUUUAUGACCUGGGUGUUCUGAUGCCAAAAUCAUAUGUUGCAGCUGAUAGCUGGACUGAUAUGUGUAGUCCACAAGAAGAAGAGGUGAACGAUGAAACUUUUGAAUGGACAAGAAAUAGGUCAUUCCCAGAAGAUUAUAAUUUAGGAAACGGUGGUCCCAUAAGAAGAUCUAAGGAAGGCACAAUCAAAGGUGCCAUCUGGAUAGACCCUAAUAUCGAAGUGAAAAUAGCUGAUCUUGGCAAUGCUUGCUGGGAUGACCACCAUUUUGCGAACGAAAUACAAACGAAACAAUACCGAGCCUUAGAAGUGAUACUGGAUGCUGGCUAUAGCUUCCCAGCAGACAUGUGGUCUUUAGGAUGCGUCGCUUUUGAACUAGCUACAGGAGAGUACCUCUUCAAUCCCAAGAGAUAUCAACGUUGUUCAGCAACUGCUGAUCAUCUCACCUUAAUCUGGGAAGUCCUUGAUGGAAUACCUCCUUACAUAACAUCAAAAGGCCGCAACGCAAUACGAUACUUCGAUAACGGCAGACUAAGACACGUUGAAGACCAUUACCUCAAGAUUUGGAAGAUAGAAGAUGUUCUUGUUGAUAAAUACGACUGGAAGAGGAUAGAUGCCAUCCCAUUUGCGUCCUUCGUGGAGUCUAUGAUAGAGCCCGAUCCUCAACUGAGGAUAACAGCUGCUGCAGCUCUUCAGUCCAGUUGGUUGAAUGAAUAGUUAGAGUUAGAAAGACUGAUUUUAAUUUCCCUUCCAUUUAUUUAGAAGUUUUUUAAUAAAUUGUGAGAAAAUUG